CAUACUAAACCCCUCACCCCUUCUCUGUAAAACUGUGCUAAUUUCUUCAUGCAGAAGACGCAAGGUUUAAUCGGAUUAAGGAGAGAAGGUAUUGAAGGACCGGUCCGAAAAUCACGGCCACGCUUACCCGCAAGAGGAGAGAUGUUGUACUUUAACAAAAAGACGUUAAACCUGGAGUUUUUCAAGCAAUGAAUCCUGCAAAUGAAACCGUGACCGAUACAGGCACGGUGGAGGAAUACCUGUUUAGCAAUGGUACCUACAAACUUCUCGCAUUCACGGUUGGAACUAUUGCUGUUCUGGGAUUCUGCAACAAUAUAAUUGUUUUAGUGCUCUACUACAGAUUUAAGAGACUACGAACGCCUACCAACCUGUUCUUGCUUAAUAUAAGCGUAAGCGACUUACUGGUUUCACUUUUCGGAGUGAACUUUACAUUUGUGUCCUGCGUUAAGGGACACUGGAUAUGGGAUUCGGCAACGUGCGUGUGGGACGGGUUCAGCAACAGUUUAUUCGGAAUCGUAUCCAUUAUGACACUGACUGUUCUUGCGUAUGAGCGCUACAUCAGAGUUGUCCACGCCAAGGUCAUUGACUUCACAUGGUCCUGGAAAGCCAUCGCUUACAUCUGGCUCUACUCGCUGGCCUGGACGGGGGCGCCUCUGAUAGGAUGGAACAGGUACACUCUGGAGAGGCACAGACUGGGCUGCUCUGUGGACUGGGGUUCCAAGGACCCCAACGACGCCUCCUUCAUUCUCUUUUUCUUCCUGAGCUGUCUCUUCGUGCCUGUUGGGAUUAUGGCAUAUUGUUAUGGACACAUUUUAUACACAGUGAGAAUGCUCCGAUCCAUCCAAGACCUUCAAACAGUUCAGAUCAUCAAAAUCCUCCGCUAUGAGAAAAAAGUGGCAAAGAUGUUCCUGCUAAUGAUCUCUACCUUUCUCAUCUGCUGGACCCCUUAUGCUGUGGUGUCUAUGUUAGUAGCCUUUGGUAAAAAAGACAUUGUCACACCAACAGUAGCUAUCAUCCCUUCCUUUUUUGCCAAAUCUAGUACAGCGUACAACCCAGUAAUCUAUAUUUUCAUGAGCAGGAAGUUCCGACGGUGCCUUUUACGGCUCCUGUGUGCUCGUCUGGUGAGUAUCCGGAGGUCAAUCAAGGACAGGCCAAUUGCCCGAGUGGAGAAGCCGAUCAGGCCUAUCGUCGUGUCCCAGAAAGUAGGGGAAAGGCCGAAGAAGAAAGUGACUUUCAACUCUUCAUCAAUAGUCUUCAUAAUAACAAGUAAUGACACCAACUACCUGGACAUUCCCUCUAAAAACUCUUUGUCGGAGGUGAAUGUCAUUAAAGUCCGGCCUCUAUAAGGGCACAAUGUGAGAUGAAUGGAUUCUUAGUUUCAAAGACGUUUCUACUGUGAGGUUCUCAUGGACAGCUCUUCUGCAGAAGAUAAUCCAUUAAUGAUGGUUAAAUAAACUAGCAGUUUUUGAUAACUAUGUGCAGACAAAUAGAUUAUUUCUAUUUGUAUUUAUAACGUUUAAUAGGGCAGCAUAGAAGCUGGGCAGCUGACAAAUGCAGAACAAAGAAACACAGCUGUCUGUGAAGGUGCAACCAGGUCUUGGAUUACAGUAGUUCCUCGCUCGGAUGCCUUCUACAUGGAGUUCAUACUGUAUGUUCUCCCCAUGUUUAAGGGGGUUUUUGCCAGGGUACUUUGGUUUCUUCCUCCCUUUAAAAGUUAUGUUUGCUGAGAUGAUUGAAGUUAUGCUUGCUAGGUUGACUGACAUCUCUUAAUUUUCCCUGUGUGCUUGAGUGUGUGUGCCCUGUGAUGGACUGGCGUCCCAUCCAGGUGUCUCCAGAAAGGCUUCUGUUUGCCAUGAUCAGGAACAAAGAUACAGCAGUUUCUUGCUUUCUGCAAAGGAACUGGAUGCCUAAUUGAAAGCAACAAAUGGUUGCUUUGUCAGAUCACCAUUCCUGUAAUGAGAAAUGGAGUCACAAGAUCCAAUUGAAUUAAAAGAACAUAUUUUUAAUACUAAAUCAAUAGUCAUUUGUUGCGUUAUAUCCUUUCGUCUAGAAAUAGUGUGAAAGAAUUUGCAGCCUCUCCUGAAAUGGGCAGAAAACCUUUAAGAAACCUAAGGAUUGCCUACCAUGUACAAUAGCUCUGAAAAUAAUUGUCCUUGUACUGUAUAGCAAAAUAAAUAAAGUCUA